ACAGACUGUCAGAUAGACAAAAGAAGAAAAUGGCAAACAUUUGAAUCCCAAAGAGCGCCACUUUCUCUUCGCUAUCCGACAAAUCUUCCCUCCUCUUUGUCGUCCCUUUAAACCUUUCCACCUUCUGCUUCGUAACUCUCGUACCCUAGCAAUCCUCUACUUAAACCUUCCUUUGUUUCUCCUUCACUUUUCCUGUAAAUCUGCUCUUUUGUUCCCUCGAUCAUAUCAAUUUUCAAGUGUAAUGGAUUUUACAACAGUUGAGGUCCCAGAUGAGUGGCCACAUAAUUCGAAUUCCUUUGUGGACAUCUCAACAGAUCACAAUGGAUCUUCACCUCCUGUAACUCCAAAGUCUGAUACAGUAGCUUCCAACUUUGACCAAGGAAGUUCUGAUGUUUCUGGCAAUCAUGAUUCUAACUCUUCUUAUUCCGAUUUAGAUUCGGACACGGAGGCCUUUUACUCAUCUUUUAACCAUCACCUCGUAUCACCAGGGUCAAUGGAUAGCCAUGACUUAUCCCCGGAGAAACAAAUGAGUUAUGAAGAAUUGAUGAAGAAAUAUGUCCAGUGUGAAGAAGAGCUUAGGACUACGAGUUUGAAACUUCAAGAAUUUGAGCAAGAGAUUGAGAAACUAAAGGAGACCGAGAAAAAAGAAUCGGUUGUUCUGUUUGGCGAGUAUCUACGUGGUGAGCGAGAAAUCGCACAAGGAGAAAUUGCGAUUAGGGACAUAGCUAUUGAGACUGAGAGAAAGCGAGUUCUCGAGGUGCAAAGACAGGUGGUUGAUUUGGAAACUGAGCUUUCAGACUUAAGUUUCAAAUUUGAGCAUCUAGUGAAUGAGCAUGAGGUGAGUAGGGACUGUUUAGAUGUGUCAUUUUCUGAAAUCUCUAAGCUAAGGGAAAUGUUGUGUGAUUGUCAGCAAAAUUUCUCUAUUGAGAAAACAAAACUGGUAGAUCAGAUAAAGCAUUCUGAGGCAGAGAAAAUGGAGAUGCAGAGGAAAGAGGUUGAGUUGCAAGCUGAAAUCAGUGCAUUGAAGACAGACUUGGCCACACGUGGUGAGCAUAUUGAAGCAUUAAACAAAGAUUUCGACAAGCACAAGCUGAGGUACGACAUGUUAAUGGCAGAGAAAGACGGAGUAUGUGCUGAAGUAGACAAUCUAAAAGCAGAGAUGAGAUCAAGAGACAUCCAAAUUCAGCAAAUGGAGGAGCAACUUAACCAGCUGGUCUAUAAGCAGACAGAGCUUGUGUCUGAAUCAGGAAAUGCCAAGAACACUGUUGAGGAACUGAAAGCUGUGGUUAAAGAACUGGAGAUUGAAGUAGAGCUGCAGAGUAAGGCCAAGAAAACUGUGGAGGAACUGAGAGCUACGGUCUGGGAAAUGGAGAAGCAUGCAGAGUUGCAGAGGAAUGCGAUAUCACAAGGAGAGGAAGAGAAACGAGAGGCGAUUAGACAGCUUUGUUUCUCUCUGGAUCAUUACAAAAGCGGAUAUAAACAGCUUUUGUGGUAUCUUUCGGGCAAUAACCAGCAACAUCAAACAACCAUGGUCGUGUGAGUUUCGAUUGAAUACUCUUAUCAUUUCUUUAGUCGUUACAGUCUUAUGUCUUUCUUUGUCUCGUCAUGUUUUUUUAUGUUAUUCUGAGUUAUGUUCUCUCUCAAACUCUUGGACAUUAAUCUUAAGAUUUCUUUAGUAAGAAGCGCAAUUUAUAUGAAAUUCUAGCUUCUUUUUUUUUUUGUGCACCUAUAUGAAAUUCUAGCUUGGAAAUGCUUUUAUAUAUGUGGCUUUAAUUUUGUGUGAUUUUAUAAAAGUAUUUUUGAACUUAGGGUAUCUACAGGUGUUUCUGUCUGGAG